AUGCCCAAGCACCCGUCACUAGGGCUGAUUGUCCUGACCUUGCUGCCCUCAGUCCUGUCAAUCCCCGCCAGCUGCGAUUGGGCAAGUGCAAGCGAUGUCACAACUGUGCAAGUCGUACCUGACACCCGAACUCUAGAGAAUCUCGCUGUUCGGAGCAACGGCGACAUACUUGUCACGUCUGUCGCUUCCUCAACGCUGUUCGGGUUGUCCUCUCAAGGCGAGCAUCCACCACUCCCGGUUGCCGAAAUUUCCGGCGUCACUGGCCUUCUCGGAAUCGUCGAGCUCGAGACGGAUAUCUUCUAUGUGGUGGGGUCUAACCUCACGUCGACCGAGGACUCGAAUGGUUUGUGGAAAAUUGAUAUUCGCAACUUUGAGGCUGCCUCAAAUGGCACCGUCAUUCAGCCGGCUACGACGUCUUUGGUUACGCGACUCCCAUCAGCUCUGCAACUCAAUGGACUGGCUCGCCUCGCAUCCAAUGACACCAAGAAUCUUCUCGUCUCGGAUUCGUCUCAAGGGAAUGUCAUUCGACUGAAUGUCGAUACAAAGGCAAUCGAAGUGGUCAUCCAGCUGCCCGAGAUGGCCCCCUUACCAACGGGCUUGGACAUCGGCGUUAACGGGAUUCGGCUUCGUGACAACAAACUCUAUUUCGUGAGCUUGGACCAAGGUCUUUUCGCCAGCGUACCGAUCUCUCUCGCUAGCGGAACACCAGUCGGGCCAGUGGAAACACUUGCUUCCAAUAUUACAUUCGGCGACGACUUUGGCUUGUCAGACGACGGUAGAUGGGCGUAUGUUGCCACUAAUGGCCCCCAGGAGAUCAUUGGGGUGGAUGUGUCGCGUGGAGGGAAGGUCGUGGUAGCCUCUUCGCCUUUGCUUGGAUCCGCUUCCUCGGUAGCUGUGCAGCAAUUUGAAGGGCGCAGGUUUCUAUAUGUGACUGGGGCGAUACAAUCUGGGAAUAGCACGGUUGGCCACGUCUCCAAGAUAACGUUAGAGUGCAAGUCCGAUGUCUAA